AUGGUAACUUCAAGGUUGCAAAUAUAUAUCCUGGCUUUUUGUGCAAGCCUUCUCCUUGCAAGUAGCUCUAGCCAUGGCCAUUCUAGGCAACAUAAAAAGCAUGAAGCCAUGUUCAUCUUUGGUGAUUCAGUAUUUGAUGUAGGAAACAAUAACUAUAUGAAUUCUACAACUUCUUUCCAGGCAAUUUUCUUUCCAUAUGGAGAAACCUUCUUCAGUUACCCAACUGGUAGAUUCUCCGAUGGCCGUCUAAUCCCAGAUUUCAUUGCUGAGUAUGCAAAGUUGCCAUAUUCACCACCAUUUUUGCAGCCUGGGUUGAACAAUUAUACUUAUGGGGUGAACUUUGCAUCUGCUGGAGCUGGUUCUCUAGCUGAAACUCAUCAAGGAUAUGUGAUAGACCUUAAAACUCAACUAUGUCAGUUCAAGAAGGUGGUGAAACAGCUGAGGCACAAACUAGGCCAUGCAGAGGCCAAAACAUUUUUGUCGAAAGCUGUUUACUUGAUUAGCAUUGGAAACAAUGAUUAUUUUGCCCCCUUCACAUCAAAUUCCAGUUUGUUUGAGUCCCACUCACACAAAGAAUUUGUUGGCUUGGUCAUUGGCAACCUUAAGAAAGUGAUCAAAGUAAUAUACACUGUCUUCUUCUUCCAACAUAUACAGAGGAAUUGA